UCGAGAAAAUUGUUGAGGAUUUAUGCAUUCGUGUUUGCCAUUAACUUGGUGCUGUAUAUAAAUAAGGCUAUAUUGUCUUAUGAUGCUAUUUUGAGUUUCUUCGAAAAUACUGGUCUGACGCAGACUACAUACAACAUCGUUAACACCUUGUUCUAUGUUAGUAAUGCUCUUGGCCAAUUUCCAGGGCAAUAUCUAGCUCAAAGAUUACCGUUCGGACUAUUAUUGACGGACUGUUGUCCUGUUUGGUGCUGUAUCGUUUUCUACACUGUGUCGCCUGCAACUUCUCGGGCGGAGCAGUUCUCGGGUUUUCCUUAGGCUUUCCCGAAAGUACUGUCAUGCCAAUAUUGAUAAAUACAAUGGCGAUGUUCUUCGAUGCUAUCGAAAGAGCUACAGCGCAAAUUAUUUUUUUCGUGACGUGUAUGGGUGCCCCCAUUACUAUUGGUUUAUUGCUUACAGUGUUCUACAAAUAAAGAACAGACAUUUUGAAAUUGUGGAAAAUAGUCACUCUUAUCAUUGCCGCACUAACGAUCAUUGUGACUAUGCUUGUGGCAAUUUUCUUUCCAUACAGUCCUACUGAUACACAGUUCUUCUCUCUCGAGAAAAAUGCGUGCAUAGUGAGAAGAGUUCAAGCUACCAAAUGUGCUUCAAUUGAAUAAAAUGUUUUCCAAAGUUCAAAGAACCUUUAAGAGACCACGUUACCUGGUUAUUCUUCCUUUUUUUUUGUCUUACUGCUCGAAGGAAUGGUAGCGUUGACGCUGUGAGAUCUACCCUAGUCUCAGUGGCUGGAGCUGGAGUUUCUACAGUUGUCGCACUUAUUGCAUUACUGUCGCUGCUAAAGUGGUCAAACAUUUCCGUUUUCACAGCAUUAUUCUGGACUUUACUUUAG